GAGCAAAUAACACAUUUGACGAGUGAAAUCAUGAAAUUUUAGAUAUGAAUUAUAUUUUGUAUACAUUUUUGGCAGUCUGGAGUGCCAGGUCGUCGGUAUGUUUCCGAUUGUCACGAACCACGGUCCAAUGGGAUCCCGCCACGGCCAGCUCUCAUACAAGGAACAGGGCGGUCUAUCCUACUGGUAUAGACAUGGAUUACUUCGGAGACAGCGCUGAAAGGAGACUCUCGCCGAGGACCGCUGAAAUAACAGACGACGAUCAAUCUCGAUUCGACUCCGCCUCGUCCAGUGAACCGAUCCUCGUGUUCCUAAAGGACGAGGAUUUCGACGAUUACCGGAAAAUGAAGAAACGGGCUCGAGGGUCAUCAUCAGAGAGUGAGGACAGCGUUAGCUACAAGGACGUCAUGCAGUUCCUCAUCCAACUGGACGCCCGGCUGAAGCAGCAAGCAGGGCACCGGAUCAAAGCAGAUACCCAAGAGAACAUAGAACUCUUCAACUUUCUCCGAGACAACCGCAGACGAGGCCUCGGAGAAGCCAUAGAGAACUCAGACUCAGCACAGAGCGAGAGAGAAGUGAAAAAGAGGGUGAAAGAAGAAAGCGUAGAACGACCGAAAAAACGGAAGAAGCAGAGCGAGGAAGCUUCUAGACCGAGGGUGAAGGUGGGAAGGGUGGUUCCGAAGAAGAAGGAGACUCCGAUUAAAAAAAUAAGCUUUAUUAGGACGCCGAAACCGUAUAUAGGGAAAAGAGGGAUUUAUGAGGAUAAAUAGACUAUUUGAGCGAU